AUGCAAGAUGAUGAUUGCUGCGUCCUCAAUCUCGAUUUCUCCAUUGCUAGUCAAUUAUUAAAAAAUUCAUUUAAACAAUGCUACAAAAAUUCAACAAUAAUUAUGGAUAUAGGAAGUUGUGAAGCAAAGAUUGGAUUUUCACAAAAUCCUGCUGAUCCGAUAAUAUUUCCAUCAGUAUACGGCAAUGCGCGAUAUAAAUUUUCAUUGAUGUCUAUAUUCAAUGAUGUUGAAGUGGGAGAAAGAGCUCUGCAAAGAAAAGGAGUCUUGUCUUUAAGGUAUCCAAUGAUGGCUAAUGGAAGAACAAGUGAUUGGGUUGGAGUGCAAAGGAUUUAUGAUCACUCGUUUGAAUUAUUGGAAUUGGUGGAUGUGGAUGAGAGAUUUAUGGUUUUAUUGAGCGAAAAUAAUGCAACUGGAAAUCAAUCAAAUGUUGUGGAGGAAAGAAAGCAAAAGGCAGAGUAUUUGUUUGAAAAAGAGGCCGUGAUGAAGAUUGGAAUGAUCAAUCAGACGAUAAUGACACUUGUGUCUUAUGGGUUAUAUACUGGAACAGUUCUACAUUCAGGGAAUAUCCAAUCUUUGGCCAUGUGUAUUGAAAAUUGUAAAUUGGUUUCAGAGAUGGAAUCUUGUGUUCAUAAUCAACUUUUGGAAAUAGGAGGACAUCAAAUGACAUUGGAUUUAGAAGAUUUAUUUAGAAGAAAUGGUAUUACAUUAGGACAUCACACCAAUACCAUUUGUACUGAGGUUAAGGAAACUCUAUGUAGGGUUAAAAUUCCAACACGAACAGUUCAGGAUAGAAAAUUUGAGCUUCCAGAUGGAUCUGAUCUGAUGAUCGAAGGGGAAUGGUUGGAACAAAUUACAGAAAAAUUAUUUCAUUCAGGUUCAUAUUGUGUGGAAUCAUUGAUCACGAACGCCAAGGCCACACUUUUACAAGAAUAUUGUGUUGGGAGGUGGAAAUUGUCUAUUUCCAGGAUUUAG